UGCAUGAUGAAAACAUGUUGGGAGAUACAGAUAAGUAUCUGAACAGUGAAAUAAUGUAGUAAAUAAAUAUUUUUAAGCAGCGGAAGAUGGCCGCUUUGGAGGAAUCUCUGACGGAGCGACAGGAAAAUGAGCUGCAAGUGUUGCAGGCAGUUUUUAUGGAAGAUUUCAAAGACUGCAGGACAAAAGAUGCUUGGAAGGUACACAGGCCUCCAGAGAUCUGUCUCCGGCUUCUGCCCCAGCAGAGUAUGGGUAGCACUCAGGUAUAUGUGCAGGUGGAGCUAGUGAUUAAGUGUACAGAGAACUAUCCAAAUGAAGCACCACAGUUAAGGUUAGAAAAUGCAAAGGGGUUGUCCAAUCAGCUUGUUCAAGAACUCCAGGGUGAACUAGACUCAAAAGCCCAGGAAUUAAUUGGAGAGGUAAUGGUACUAGAAUUGGCCCAACAUGUCCAGGAUUUUCUGCACAAACACAACAGGCCUCCAGCAAAGUCUUUCUAUGAGCAGAUGAUGAGCAAUAAAAAGGAACGAGAAAUACAGCAAGCCAUCGAACAAAAAAAGAAAACAGAUUUGCUCAGGAAAAAAGAGGAAAAGGAGAAGCAACAGUUAGAGGAAGAAAUCCAAAGAAGACAGGAGGCAAUGAGAGCAGAAACCAAAAGAAGAAAAGAACAAGCAAAAGAACAAAUUGAGGUCAAAUCAGAGAGAGCUUCAUCAGAGCCCCCAGAUCCAAGCACUCCAAACACAGAGUCUACCCGUAUGACACCCAUUCCCAUGGACAGCGAACAGCGACAACGUGCCCGCGCCUCUGUGUCUCCAGUAGGAAGCCCUGUCAAACAGAGUUAUAGCAGAGCACCUGUAGACAACAAUGGUAGUUAUCAGAAAGAAAGGAAAAGGCACACUAGCACUCCAAGAGUUCGUCAGAGCAGCUGUGGUGAAAGAAGUGAAUCAUCAGAGGAACACUGCACAUUUCACACAGGAACAUCUGUUCUUGCCUUCAGUACUAAGGGAGAGAGGACAGUGCACAGGGGGAAAUGUCUAGGUCACAGUCCUAAAGGAAGCACAGUGUAUGCUGGGAUGGAUACGAAAACUGGAGAGCUGGUCACUGUGGUAGAGUGGGAGCUGAAAUGGUGGCACGUAAAAAGAAAACUGGAUGCAGACGACAAGGAGAAAUAUGAAAAGGAAGAGGCAAAAUUUAUGAAACAAGUUUCCAGUAUUGAAGCUGAGCUACAUUCCAUGUUGAGGUUACAUCAUGAAAACCUGAUCCACUACUUAGCUAUGAAUUACCAGCAAGAAAAGGGCAAAAUCAUUGUUACUAUGUUGACUGAAUAUGCUGGCGGUGGUAACUUGGACACAAAUUUAAAGAGACACAUUCCAGUGCCAAUUGAUGUACUUAAGCAAUAUACCACAGACCUGUUAGAAUCACUGGCAUAUCUCCACAGUAAAGCAGUGGUCCAUAAAGAUUUGAGGGCAUCUUGUGUGUUUUUGGAUAGUAAAGGAAGAACAAGAGUGGCUGACUACAGCUUAACAAAAAGACUGGCAGAUCUUUAUGAAACUGCUGACAUAGAAAGAGGAGGGGUACAUUUUAUUGAAAACAAAACUCAAAGUCAUGGAAGGGGUGGAAAGAAAGGAGACAUUCAUGCCCUGGGGAUAUUACUUCUGUCUCUUGCUGAAGGUCAUCAGAUCACACAGUUUUGGCCAGAAGUCCCAGCAACACUACCAGGAGAUUUUCAGGACUUCAUCACGAAGUGCUUGUUUAAAGAUGAAAAACACCGUUGGUCUGCAUUCCAGUUGUUGGACCAUCAGUUUGUAAAACCUGCUGUUUACACCACUUCAUUACAAGUGGUUGUAAACCAAGAUUCUGAGAAUGCUGGUCAAGCUGCCAAAGCAGUGGACAGUGAUGAUGAUAUACUUGAUGCAGACUCUGAUCUCCACAUCUUCACCACCUGUGACCCCUCGGGUCACUCAAGGCUGUACAAUGAAUUUGAAAUCUUGAAGGCAUUGGGAAAGGGUGGCUUUGGGGAUGUUAUAAAAGUUCGCAAUAGGCUAGAUGGCCGCGUGUAUGCUAUCAAGAGAAUCCCUCUUAAUCCAAAAAACAAGCAGCUCACCAGAAAAAUCACAAGAGAAGUCAAACUUCUGUCCAGACUCAACCAUGAGAAUGUUGUCAGGUAUUACAAUUCAUGGAUAGAGACGAGCAAUGAGCCAGUUCAAAGUGAGUCCUCAUUAUCAAGCAACAGUACACCAAAGACUGCCACCAUCUCAACCAUCCCUACAAACUCCAGUAUUAGAAAUAAAUCCCUGGGUCUUGGUAUAGACAUGGAUUUUGAUAAGAAUGUCCCACCCCCGCUGGAUGAGUCUGUGGAAUGGAGUGUGUCUGUUUCCCAUGAGGCACCUGUAGAAUCUCCAUCAUCGUCCUCGUCAUCCGAGGAUGAGGAAGAGGAUAGUGAUGUGUUUGGAGCAUCUUUUAUGCCUUUCACUGACUCAGAUUCCUCUGACAGUAUUGUGUUUGAAGGGACUGUCCUAGAAGACUCGGACACGGAGGAAUCCAAAGGAAAAACUACAGAAGAGAGCAGUGUCAGUAAAGAAGAAGUUCUCAAACUGCAGUUCCUUUACAUUCAGAUGGAAUACUGUGAGCGGAGUACCUUGAGAAACUGUAUAGAUGCUGGUUUGUAUCAGGACAUGAACAGAGUCUGGAGGCUGUUCAGAGAAAUUGUAGAGGGCCUAGUACACAUACAUGAGCAGGGAAUGAUCCACAGAGAUCUGAAACCAGUGAAUAUAUUUCUGGAUUCCAAUGACCAUGUGAAGAUUGGAGACUUUGGAUUGGCUACUACUGAUAUUCUUUCUCAGCAAACAAGUCUGCUGGAUGUGACCCUCACUUCCUCCACCACAUUAGACAUCCAUGUCAGCUCCUCUCAGUCCUCUGGCUGUGUAGAUGACAGCCUCACUGGCAAAGUGGGCACAGCACUCUAUGUCAGCCCUGAGAUGAUGGUCACUGGAGGGAAAGCUAAUUAUAACCAGAAAGUGGAUAUAUACAGUCUUGGCGUGAUAUUCUUUGAGAUGUGUUACAAAGCUCUGCCGCUGGGAAUGGAGAGGGUCAAGAUUCUUGGUCAGCUGCGUCUGCCUGAGAUAAAAUUUCCAGAAGAUUUUGAUGAAUAUGAACUGAAGAAACAGACGGAACUAUUACGAUGGUUACUAAACCAUGAUCCCACCCAGCGCCCCACGUCCAUGGAACUUCUUCAGUCCCCUUACAUGCCCCCUCCACAGAUGGAAGAGGCAGAAUUGAAUGAAGUCCUGAGGUCCACAAUAUCCAACCCACAGAGUAAAACCUACCACAGAAUGCUGACCACUUUGUUCUCACAGCCUUUUGAUGCUGCCACCGAUGUUUUGUUUGAUUUUGAAAUGCACAGGGAUAUACACAAGGCACCAUUAAAAUCAGCCCUUGUCCAUCGUCAGAUUCGUAGCACAAUAGAAAACCUCUUCCAGCGCCAUGGAGCUGUGCAGGUGAAUACCCCUCUCCUUCUCCCAAAGUGUGAUGCAUAUGGGCAGAAUGAGCAGUAUGUUUCUCUUAUGGACUUUGGUGGGAAAAUAGUUGGACUUCCUUAUGAUCUCAGAGUUUCAUUUGCAAGAUACAUUGGCAGGACCAAUGUGACUUUUAUGAAACGCUACAAUAUUGAAAGGGUGUUUAGGUCAAAGAAAGUGUUUGGAUCUCACCCUAAGGAAUUGAUAGAAUGUGCCUUUGAUAUUGUCACCUCCACCCCAGGAGGCUUGGUGGCAGAUGCAGAAGUUAUUCAUGUUGUGUUUGAGGUCAUCAAUGAGUUUCCAGCACUGCAGAACAAAGGUUACUACCUACGCAUUAACCACACAUCUCUGCUGCAAGCCAUAUUGUUGUAUUGUGGAAUAGAGGAAGACAAACACGAGCAAGUCUAUUCCAUCCUCUCAGAAACUAAGACUGAGAAGCAAAAAAAACAACAGGUGAUGACUCGCCUGUGCAAUUUAGAUCUGAGUGAGCAGACAGUAUCGCAGCUGUGUGACUUUAUGCUGGAGACAGAGGGACCAUACAGCAAGGUGUCCAGUGUGCUAAAAAGAAUCACUAAAACACGGGGACCAGAAAGUUAUCUUGCCAAGAGAGGACUCCACGAAAUAGAAGCUGUUUUGACUCUGUUAGAGGCCAUGGGUGUCAAAGUGCAGGUCACUGUAACACUGGGCCUUCUCUUCAAUGUCCACCUGACAUCGGGGAUUAUAUUCCAAGUGGUCACUGAUGUGAGGAGAAAGAAGAAGACCAUAACAGAGGUCCUGGCUGCUGGGCACAGAUACGAUAAACUGGUGCAAGGUUUCAGGAAGCAGACAACCAGCAGUGUGGCCCAUUUGACUCAGGCUGCUGUAGGUGUCAGUAUAGCUCUGGACAGGAUUGUCACAGCCAUGAUGGAAGAUGAAGAAUUUCAGCCAUGUGGUGUAUAUGACAUCAUAGUUUGUACACUGGGUCACAAGCCUAUGAUAAAAGAACAGCUGAGCGUAGCUAAGGACUUGUGGGCAGCUGGACUCAAAGUUGAUGUUCUUUAUGAUACUACACAGAGUCUUGAUGCUGUUCAAGAUUACUGUAAAGAAAAGGGAAUAUCAUACAUGGUUAUCCUGGAAAGUGGAAGUAUCAAGGUGAGAUCCCUGGAGAAGGAAAGAAUUCGAGAAGUUGAUGUUGGAGCAUUGGAAUUAGUUGACCAUUUCAAACAAAAAUUGUUAUCAAAAAGUGAGGCAUCAGAUACCAACAUGACAAUUACUGGCAAGAUGAACCUCAUCAAUUCCCAGAAUAUAAAUGAAGAGAAACCUUCCACCAGCAAUUUCUCCAGUCUGAAUAUUACAUACUGGUGCCAGGAUAAUGCAAAGCCUCAAGGAAAUGUGAAAAGGAAGUAUGAAGCUCAGAUAAGGGCCAAGUUGACCACUCUGACUCAACAAUUGGUCUCCAACAAGGUGAAUUGGAUAGAAGUGAUAGCAGUUGAUCUCUCCGCACAGGUGCUAAAGACAAUGGCAGCAUAUCUUGAUUUGGAAGAUGACGGUGAUGCCUUCAAUGCAAGUAUUGGUACAGUAUUACAAGGUCAUGCAAGACACAGAAAGUUUCUCACAAGAGUCUGUGAAUACAUUUAUGAAGUGAAGUUUGAUAAAAAGUGUCCAGUUAUUAUCCUUUACAGUUUAGUGAAUGACUCAUACAAGGUCUUGAUAUGAGAUUUAAAGGCAAUCAGAUAAGAGACAGAGCAAAAGGAACAAAGCAGUCAGUAUCAAUCCAGAAGUUCUGGAACAAAAUAUUUGAAAAUACAUUUUUUCAUAUGAAAAUCAUAUAUAAACUAAAUACAUUUUAUUAGUAUCGUGCUAGUAGUGCAGUUAUUACAUAAGAAAAUUGUUUUUCUGCAUAAAGAAUGCAGUGAAAGCUACUGGUUUGGUGCUUUCUUUUAUUUGUUUUAUUUCAGUUUCUUGCACAAACUGUGGUGCAAAAGUUCAGACUUUAUUAUUGUCAUUCUGAGUGCAGAGUGCAAUAGACCUUGCAAAGACAGAAAUAUGGAUUGCAACCUGGCUUAAAAAUUUGAAAAGAAAGGUCAAAAAUAUAAGUUGAUGAAUAUGUGCUGGAAAGACUGCUUAUAGUUUUAGAAUGAGUCAUUUUAGAAAUUCGUCCUACCUUAUCUUACCUUAUGAUAAGUUGAAUGUGUCAAAUUUAUGAAUGAAAGGUUUUCAUAUUCACCUUAGUUUAUAUCUGUAUUGUGGCACUGAUUAUCAUGACCUUGUACAAUUUAAUAUAAUAUUAUUAAUGUUAUAUUACAACCACCAAAUAUAAUUUGGCUGAGGCAAUCUUGUGAUAAAGAAAAUGGAUCUGAAUUCAUUUAAUAUGUAUUUUGGCUGGUUGAAAUGGGUAAAUAAUGGAGGGAUGAAACAAUGUGAUGA